AGAGUUUGCUGCCCUACUUCACUCUACUUUAGUUUCACUCACUUUACAUCCGGGUUUUUUCCCUAGGCAAUGGGUGCCGCAGCACAGCCCGUUCCUUAGGCAAAGGGAAAUAAAUUCGCUGCACCGACACGUCAAGUAGUCCCUCAGGAGGAGCCUUGAGGCGCCCCCUCCUCCUCCCGAGGAGGCCGGCCGCCCCUCCUCCCUCACUCAUAGGGGGAGAGGGGUGGGGGGAGAGGGAAGGGGGAGCCCGCCGCCCCCUCCGCUUUUGUCCCCUCCCUCGUCUCCUCCUCCCCCCCCCCUCCACCCGCUCGUUCCGGAGAGCGGCCGGAGUAGCUGUAUGUGUGUGUGAGGGAGGGAGAUAGCUAGAGAGAGAGAGGGGAGUUGUGUCGGGGGCGCGCGCGAGCCUCGAGUCGGGAGCGCGCGCCUCCGGCAGGCCAGGCGAAAGCAAAGGAAAGGAAAGCGAAGGGAGGCCGGUGGCGGAGUGAUCCAGGCGUGCGGGUGCUGCGGCCGGGCCGGGUGAAUGGGAUUGAAGAAGAGUUCAGCUUCUCGGCUUGUUUUUGUGUCACAGUUUCUCUUCUCCUGCGCCUGUUCUGCCUCGUUCCUUUCUUCCUGCCCGCCCCCUCCUCCCUGCUGCAGGAGGAGCCCCCCGGGGAGAGGGGAAGGAACAGGACCCCUCAGAGGAGAGGGAGAAGAGGAAAAGCAGGAGCAGGAGGAGGAGGAGGUGGAGGAAAAGGGAGCAACCAGCCAACCAACCAUCUUCCACUCCCAGCUUAGAUUAAAGAAAGUGAGAGGAGGAGGAGGAGGAGGAGGAGAGGAGAGGAGCCGAGAAGAGGGGGACAGGGAGGCCCGGAGGAGCAGCUGCACCACCUUCUUCUCCCUAUGAAGAGGAGUCUCCCCCCCUCCAAGAGAGGUCCUGCCAGGGGGGGCCCGGCCAGACAGCGGCGGCAGCGGCAGCAGCAACAUCACCACCACCAGCAGGGGGGGAAACAGAGCUGAAGAGAAUACUUGUUUUCCAAAACUGCUGCAGCGUAAAGAACAGAAUAUUUCCUUUACUCUGAAGCAAGUGUCUGAAGGUGGUGGGGAUUUAGUAACCUCAACAGCUCAAGAAAGUGGAGAAGGUAGAGAAUGGAGUUGCAGACUCUACAGGAGGCUCUGAAAGUGGAAAUUCAGGUUCACCAGAAACUGGUUGCCCAAAUGAAGCAGGAUCCACAGAAUGCUGAUCUGAAGAAGCAGCUUCAUGAACUCCAAGCCAAAAUCACAGCUUUGAGUGAGAAACAGAAAAGAGUGGUUGAACAGCUGCGGAAGAAUUUGAUGGUAAAGCAGGAACAGCCGGACAGUAAGUUUCAAAUACAACCAUUGGCACAGUCAGAAAAUAAAAUACAAACUCCACAGCCACUACAGCUACAGCAGCAGCAAACUACUGCAGCCUCUCCAAACCUGCUUGGAUCACAGAAGACGGUAACUACAGCUUCUAUGAUCACCACUAAGACACUACCUCUUGUCCUGAAAGCAGCAACAGCAACCAUGCCUGCCUCCGUUGUGGGUCCAAGACCUACAAUUGCCAUGGUGACUGCCAUCAAUAGCAACCAGAAAACUGUCCUUAGCACUGAUGCACAGAACACGCCAGUCAACCUCCAGACAACAAAUAAAGUCACUGGUCCAGGAACAGAGGCAGUUCAAAUAGUGGCAAAAAAUACAGUCACAUUGCAGGUUCAAGCUACACCUCCUCAGCCCAUCAAAGUGCCACAGUUCAUCCCUCCUCCCAGACUCACACCUCGUCCAAAUUUUCUUCCACAGGUUCGACCUAAACCUGUUGCCCAGAACAACAUUCCUAUCGCCCCUGCCCCACCUCCUCCUAUGCUCGCUGCUCCUCAGCUUAUUCAGAGGCCUGUGAUGCUGACAACAAAAUUCACACCCACCUCCUUACCUUCCUCUCAGAAUUCCAUACACCCAGUCCGUGUAGUGAAUGGGCAAACAGCAACCAUAGCCAAAACUUUUCCAAUGGCACAACUCACCAGCAUUGUUAUAGCAGCCCCAGGUACCAGGCUUGCUGGACCUCAGACUCUACAAAUCAGCAAACCAAAUGUUGAGAAACAGACUAUCAAGCCCCAAGCGGAAACAGAGGAGAAGCCAACAGAGAUUCAUACAGUUGCUCCUCCUGCACCACCCAAACCAAAACGAGAAGAAAACCCACAGAAACUUGCCUUCAUGGUGUCUCUUGGACUGGUUACACAUGACCAUCUAGAAGAAAUACAAAGUAAGCGACAAGAAAGGAAACGAAGGACAACAGCAAAUCCAGUGUACAGUGGAGCUGUCUUUGAGCCUGAGCGCAAGAAGAGCGCAGUCACAUACCUGAACAGCACAAUGCAUCCUGGGACACGUAAACGAGGUCGUCCACCUAAAUACAACACGGUGCUGGGGUUUGGGGCUCUGACCCCCACAUCCCCUCUGUCCAGUCAUCCUGACUCCCCUGAAAAUGAAAAGACAGAGACCACAUUUUCUUUCCCCGCAACUGUUCAUCCUGUGUCCCUGCCCAGCCCCAGCUCCACAGACGGUGAUAUCCAUGAAGAUUUUUGCAGUGUUUGCAGGAAAAGUGGGCAGUUGCUGAUGUGUGACACGUGCUCACGUGUGUAUCACUUGGACUGUCUGGACCCACCUCUGAAAACUAUUCCCAAGGGCAUGUGGAUCUGUCCCAAAUGUCAAGACCAGAUGCUAAAGAAAGAAGAAGCAAUCCCGUGGCCAGGAACUUUAGCAAUUGUUCAUUCAUAUAUUGCAUACAAAGCAGCAAAAGAAGAGGAAAAACAGAAAUUACUGAAAUGGAGUUCAGAUUUAAAACAGGAAAGGGAGCAGCUAGAACAGAAAGUCAAACAGCUCAGCAAUUCUAUAACAAAAUGUAUGGAAAUGAAGAACACCAUCCUGGCAAAACAGAAGGAAAUGCACAGUUCAUUGGAGAAGGUAAAACAGUUAAUUCGCCUCAUCCAGGGCAUCAACCUUUCAAAACCCAUAAACUCUGAGGGCAGUUCCGUCGCCAUCUCCAAUGGCAUGGACUCCACCAAUAACGCAAAGGCUGCCGCCGCCUCCACCCCAGCCUUGUCCCCCUCCCAGAGCUGCAUGGUGAACUGUACCAAGGGCGACGAGACUAAAUAACAUAGCACAGGAAGAAGGAGCCGGGGGAGAUGGCGGCGAGGCAGAAGAGCAGAACAAUAAAACUCUAGAAAAGAAAAGCUGGAUUUCUUCUGGAAAGCGCAGAACUCUUUGGUUCCAGAAAGAGCGCGAAGAGGCUUGUGCCAGGCAGCACCAGAGUUGCCAAUCGAUCCUCCUUAUUCUGUGUGUACGUGCAAAGUUUGGACCAUGUUACAUGAAUAGUGCCAGCUGGAGGUUCUUUGCCAGCACCAUGCCAAGUUAAAUAAUAUAUUUACUCUCUCUCUCUCUCUCUUUCUCUCUUUUACACCAGUGUGUGCCUGCAGCAGCCUCCACAGCCACUCUAGGUUUGUUUUGUUUUUGUUUUUAUUUGGGGGUGGGGAGCAGGGAGGAGGAGCAGGUUUCAAAUCUUAUCUGCAGACCAGUUUGUUUAGCUAAGGAAACUUCAAGUCCAAAGAGCCUGUGGGCUUUUCCUGUUUCUGAAUUCUCCGUACUACUAAACCAAAAAUCCAGAAAUAUGAAUUAACAAGUCCUAGGGUCCAGAGGGGGUGGGGUGGUGGGAGUGGGGACCAAGCCUAUCCAAUAAGCAGUAUUCACUAUUGUUUUGACAGGAGAGACAAAAAGGAAUGGGGAAGGGUUUUUCACUAAGUAUCUAGUGCACACUCGGGCUGGGGAUUACUAGAUUGGCAGCUUCGGGUUUAUCCACUUUUUUUUUCCAAAUAGACAAGUGAAAUAAAUUGCUGGUUAGGGCAUCACAUUGGCCCAGGAAGCUUUUGCUGAGGAAGAGGAGAAGGGAGGGGGACUAAUAUAAUCAGCCUGGGGUUUCAGAAAAGCGGGUCACCACUGAAAUGAAAAUUCCAACUUUUUUUUUGUACACUUGUCAAGCAAAAGUGAUAUUCCAAACAGUACAGCACAUGUCCCAAACAUAUGGCCCAAAUAGUAAAAAAAAACAAAAAAAUUAUUAAAAUGCCUGUUUCCUUUGUUUCCUUUCUCUUUUGGUUACAAAUGUAAGGAAUAGAAAAGCUGUUUUUUUCAGGCUGACAGUCCGAUUAAAGAGGUAGAUGGGACCUUGCAUGGUAUAGAUUAGAAGUAAUAGUGUCAGUGAGAUACAGUGAGUCUUUGUGAGUCCGUGUGUCAUCGUUUUGGGCACUGUUUUUUAUGCAAGGGCAAAAUCUUUGUAUCUGGGGGAAAAACAACUUUUUUAAAUUAAAAAAGAAAAAAGAUAUUGAGGUCUUCCUAGUGUUACUUAAAAAUAAGAUCAAGGUAAGAAACAUUGUAAAAAUUACAAAAGUGCUAUUUGUUUCCUAAACAAGUGAUUUCUAUUAAAAAGGUGUCAGAACUGGAGAAAAUGCUGUGUACUUAGAAUUUUUUAACACAGGUUUUGCUUAUGAUGUUGCCAUUCUGCUGUGUUUCUGUUUGAAAAAUGCCUUGGGGGUGAGUGUCGAGAGAUUGUCAUGCCAUUCAAAUAGCCUGUGGGGUUGAACUGCAUCCAAUCUGCAAACCUUCCUCCAACUGGUGGAAUCUCUCCUCUAUUAAGCUCUCCUAAUUAACUCUUGUGCUUAAAAGCACAAGAGAGCAUUGGCAGCAUUUAAAAAUCUUUGUCGUUUUAGCACCUAGAUUAUAGGGAGAACAUGGAGACAAAGGAUUUUAGCUUUGAGAUCUGGCUUUGCUUAGCACAGCUUGUCUGUCUUCUGAAGCAAAUUGUCGCAGUAAUUUCAUGCUAUUAAAAUGCUGGUGCUGGACAUGAGAUGAACGAGUCUGAAAUAGCCACCUUUGCAUAGACAAGUGCAAACGGCCAAUAUUUCAUACCCUUUCACUUCCAUGGCAGCACUCAUGUUGGCGUAAGUCAUGGCAGUCAGCCCAGGUCCAUGUUAGAAAGUCUCUCCUCUGUCAGACAGCCGGCGAUGGUGCUGCCGUGCUUUCACUAUUCUGUGUUGAAGAACUAUGCAUCCUAAUGCACUUUAUUUACAUAAUCAUCUGAAUUUUGUUCCUGCCACUCAUUGUUUGUGGCAGUUUCUUUACUUCUAGCCUCCAAUCUUGUCCCUCAAGGACUCCUCAGUGACACUCAGUUAUGCUCACGGUCCAGCAGCUGAUCUUUUAUCACUAUACAUAUCAGUGAAGAGUAAGGACAAUUCGUGUCAAAUAGCCUUAGCUUUACGUUUGAAAAAGAUCAGGCCUUACCAUUUGACUUUUGAUACUCCGUAGUGAAGUUGGCAGCUUUCUAAGUACCUGAUGUUAUUAGCAAGUAAAGCCAGAAGGCAGCCAAUCAGGAAAAUUGCUCAGAGGAAAUAACACUUUUUAUAGCAAUACACCGAGCAAAAUAUCAUUGGGGGCAUGUUUGAGAGGCCUUUUCAUCUUGUGACCUACCAAUACAAAUGUAGCCCACCAGAUCCCUGAUAAUCCUCCUGGUUUUGCCUGCCUUUGAGUGCAGCAAACAAGCAACCGUGUGUGUUGGGUGGUUUGCAUUUGGCUUGAUGGGUCACGCAAUUUGCAAACCUACAUUUAGAUAUUCUGAGUGUAACGGGUGAAAAAUAGACAAGUCCUCAUAUUUCAGGCCAGAAGCUGGAUUUCCAGCAGCAAGGAACAGGAGGAAGCCAAUUAUCCUCUUCUGGUUGAUAAAUUGAUGUUGGCUGUUGACAGAGGCAGGCAAAUGGGAUUUCUGAUUUCAGCUGUUCCCAUGUGCAUGUGGCCCUUCCUUCCCCUCACCAAACACACUUGCCAUCCUCGUAUUCUUUUCCCUUAAAGCCAUAGGUUUGUUCAGAAUGGCCACACAUGCAUGAAUUUGGGCAAUGGCCAUCAUGCCCUCUUAGCCUAUGAUGUAAGGUGCAGGGAGUGCAGAACUAUUCACUUUAUCUUAAACAUGGAACAGGUGCCAAAAAUAGUGAUCUUGUGUUGAAUUCUCUGCCUCCUUUGUGUUCUGCAAACCCUGCAGUAUCAUCAGGCCAUGAAAGUUGUACCACACAGUGCAGAGAGGGAAGACCAGAGCUCAGUGCAAGGCUGUUGUAAGGGGAAGAGAGUCAUGUGUUGAUCUGCCCUGAGGAAGGGGCAUUUGUCUGCUACCUUCCACUUUUAAGCAAUUUAAAAACACUGCCUCAGCAAAGUAGUAUUAAUAACAUGCUAUCUUUAUGCCCCCACAAUGGGACUCACAGUUAACCCCUGGUACUUUCUGAAGGGAAAACAAUUUAUUAUACUAAAGUCUCCCAUGUGUUGAAACCUUGCUUUGGAUUUAGCCAUGGGGUUUUUUUUGGGGGGGGGGGUUACUUUACAUUUGGCCUCUCUUGACUAGUGACAUCUGUAGUAUAACUUUGCUUAGCCUGCAGCGCUGGAGUGAUCAGCUAGUUUAAAGUGAAGAGCAGCAAGGUACACUUGUGAAUCUUUAAUUUUGUCAUUCUUCUGAUUUUGUGUGUACUUCUCUCCUUGCCCCUUCUCCCCCGCCUCGCUGGUGUCUCCUGUCCUGGAAAUGCCACCAGCUAAGUUUAAGAGGGAUUUGGCUUCUGGAAAUAUAGCAAAAGGAAAAAAUAAAGUUUGGGCAUGUUUUGUCUGGCUGUGCAGAAAGAUCCUUGCUUGGGUAGCAGAUGUGUCAGAUUUCCUUGAGAAAACGUAGGGGAACCACAGUAUCUUUGUUCAUCAGGGUAACAAGUUUGUCACCCUGAUUUUCUUAGAAUUCAGAAACAUAAUUACCGGUAGUACUAUGAGAGGACAGUGUUCUGCACCUGAAGGCUGGAUCCUGGCUAGUUGCUUGCAUGCAGAUGACAUUGCCUAUUUACAUCCUACUCUUAAACAUUCUGCAGGAGUUGCCUGCUGCUGCCCUUGGCUCAUUUGUGGUACACUGUGAAUGUCAGGGUGUACACUCAUGUGCUGGUGCAGAAAAGUCCAGAGAGUACCCAUCCAUAUUUGAGGAUGCAGCUGGGAGUUUUUAUUUGCAAUUGGAAAUGGAAAUAAUGGAUUGUGUGGUCAGACUCCAUUAGUUGUUGUAAGGUGGAACCUAUUUGAACUUGUGACUUUUCUGAUGCUAAAGAAGUCUUGUACCAGAUUUACAUCUUUUUUUUUUACUGAAGAGACACUGUCACAAGAAUAACUACAGCUUCCUAGUUGUUGGGAAAUUGCAGCAAGCAUAGCCCAUGCACUUGUGAUUGGAAAAUACAAAUUAGAAGAUAGGCAGUACUUGUGCAAAAACAUUUCUCUCAUUCGGCCCAACAAUUCUGUGUACUUUCAACCCCUCCAGCCCCAGCACUGUAACAUUGCUCUUUUAGUUUGGUGCCCUUGGUCAAUCCAGCAAUGCAGUGUACAUCUAACAGCGUCCCCAGUCAAACAGGUUUGCAAAUGCAGCUAUUUCCUGUGUCCCACACACUGCUAAGUAUAAGGGGGAAGUCCCAUAGUUGUGUCUGGGUCCAGGGUAAGCAGAAAUGCCUCCCCCCUCCCCCCAAAAAAGUUUAGGAGGCUUUUUUUUACUUGUUUUCUAAUAUGUAUGCAGGUUACAACAAUGCUCAAUUAUGUGCUAAAUCCUGGUUUAACCCUCUGCAAAUGACAUUGCAGGUCACAAAAAGAGAAAGGCCUAAACUCAGUGACAAUUACAGCAUCUAAUUUCCUUCCCAUCAGCUGAGGAUGAUAAGAAGCCUCUUUGUUAUGGGGUCUAUAAUUUUGCCCAGGUGCUGAGUGUUUCUUUACGUGACCAAGAAUGGACAACAGCAAACAUCCCCAGGUGAAGCUGUCAUUAUCUGCAUCAGUGUUGGCAGCUUUUAGAAAUGGCUCUGCACAGCACCUCCAUUUUUAUUGUGGUUGGAAUAAGUAGUUAUUGACCCUGGCAUUUAUUAUUCCCCUAGCACAUGCUCCGCUUGAAGUUUAGCCAGGACUCCCUUUGCAGCUCAGUUAUGUGAGCCUAGAGGGUGAGUGUUGAGUCCACCAUCCACUCCCCCAGCAAUAAGCGCUGUACCUGCAUCCCAAUCUGCUGGGGAUUCUGCUCACUCCACAGUGCCACACCUGUACAUCCCCACAGUGAAGGAAGGAGCCUUGUUGAGAGAAUGUGCUUUAGCAAGGAUUGGGCUAAACUGGUCCUUUACUCUUCCUAUGGGAUUGAACAGCAGGGGUCUACACACCCUUGCUGGUUGCAUUGGAGUCUUUCACUAGUACAGUAACUGAAAAGUCCUAUUAGUGCCAAUUUACAUUAUGAACAACAGGCCUGUGAGAAGUGAACCAAGACUAAGAAUGGGCAUUAUCAAUAAAGUUUUAUCUUGAAAUUGUAUGUCAGUUUGGUCAUAUCCGAACUAGCAAAUACUGAAUAGUCCUUAGCUUUUCUACUCUGUCAAGUCCAAGUGGUUUGUUGGAUGUUACACUCACCUGUGGCUUAUGUUGUAGUUUCAUUCCAUUCUUUGGUAGUAGAGGAAACGGCAGUGGGCUGCUUACGCGCCAAUGAUCCCAUCUGUGUCUCAAGACCAUUGUUGAAGCCAGAAUAUUUCUAGUAACUGGAAUAAGGACUCUUUGAAAUAAGUGGUCUGUGAAAGAGGCCAUGACCCUAAAAGGAGAUUCACAGCCUUUGUUUUUAAGGCAGUGGGUUUCUAAACCCUCCUCCCCCGUGUACACUGAUGUAUUGAUUCAUACAUAGCCAGCAUCCUCCCAUCUCUUCUUCUCCUGAUGUUUGUGCCAGAUAAACUCAGCCUCACUCGUGCUGCCUCUGCAUCCAUCCUGAGUUCCCAUACCUUUAAGUGAACUGGGCACAAUAUUGCUUUCACAGAUCAACACCCUGUGAAUGUUAUAUGGAUGCAUGACUUCUGUUGGUUAGGUGGGUUUCUUUUUUGUUAAGUUUUUCUUUUUCUUUUUUUAAGAAAUUGAAUAGCCUGGUGCUCAUAGUGAUUUGCAGUCUCUUUGCUGCCUUCUUUUCUGUAGCCUUCCAGUCCCUUGUGGGUUUGGUACAAUUGUGUCUAGAUUUUAGUCUAUUAAGGUGGGAAGAAAAAGAAGGGGUCCAGAAUAAACGAUCAAUUUGUAUUUAUUUAACAUUUUACUAAAUAAAACUAUGAAAUCUA